GUGCAGUCAGCUGGAGAGAGAGAAUCGCCUUCACACCGAGCGAGCGAUGUGGCGGAGGCUCAGCGGAGCACAGCGCUAAUCAACUCAGCCUUUUAAGAAACGGAGACGCUGCUGAAUAUGCCGACACUGUCCCUGUCCUUUAAAUAGAUUAGAGUUCAGCGGCAGUCAGUAGGUAACAUAUGAGGAAGGUUUUAUUUGCCUGUAGGUCUUGACAUGACCGAGGAGCGUUUAUUUGGAUAUAUUAGGAGGUGCAGUGGUUUUCGGAUAAGGUGAAUAAAGCUCCUGGAGGCGCUCAUUCUGACAGGACUUAUCAGUGUUUGAGGAGGAAUGCUGCAGCUCCUGCUCCUCUUACUUUACUGGUGGAGCCAUGCUAGAGCUUCCCCAGAGUUCUCACAUACUGUAGCCCAUGAUGGAGGUGAAUCAGGCCAAGAUGGCCCAAGGCCAUACAUAUAUUACUGCCGCUCUCCGAACAUGGAAACCUUUACUUGCUGGUGGCAUCCCCUUGACAACAGUCUCCAGGGUGAUGACAACAUCACAUACAAGCUCAUCUACACCCUUGGUAAACAACCUCCAGCAGAGUGUCCAGACUAUGUAACCGGUGGACCAAACAGCUGUUACUUUGACACAAAGCACACAGUGAUUUGGGAGGUGUACUGCAUGAAUGUAACGGCGUACAGCAGAAGUGGUUCCUUCACCUCCAACGAGCACUGUUUGGACGUGGCCGAAAUUGUCGAGAUCGAUCCACCAUUUAACGUCACAUACACUUUAAUGAACAAGAGCAAGGAUGAAGCAGGUCACACCGUCCUGGUGUCCUGGCAGUAUCCAAUUGCCCAACAUGUCCAAAUCGGGUGGAUUACACUCAUCUACGAGCUACGUUACAGAGCUGUCUCCGAGCCCAAUAACUGGAAGGUCAAGGAGCGGCUCCGUGAACCUCAUCUGGAGCUCCUAGGUUUAGCAGUGGGGGGUUAUGAGGUUCAAGCGCGCUGCCGCUCAAAAAACAACCACCUGUGGAGCAAAUGGAGCUCCCCGAUUACCAUUGUCAUUCCUUCCAGACACCAACCUGAUCACAUGUUGUAUUCUCUUGUGCUACUGUCGACUAUUAUAGUCAUCAUUUUGCUCAUCAUUGGACUUGGGGUCAUUCCACAAGGCAAGAGGAUAAAAGCUUUUCUGCUGCCGCCUAUCCCCAAACCCUGCAUCAGAGGAAUCGAUCCCAUGCUUCUGAAGAAAGGCAAGAUGGAUGAGAUUAAUCAUCACUUUUCCUCCCUGCAAGCUACAAGGAAUCACACUACUGUGGGGAGUCGUUGUACCAAGUCAGCAUAGACGAAGGUGUCUCAUUAUCUCAAGGUAGCUCUAUGUCUAGCAUCCAGGAAGACAAGAAGCCGGAAGGUAUACAGAGCCCUGAAGCUCAGCAGCUACUUCAAUCCCCAGACAGCCCCAGCCCUUACUGCAGAGACCCUCCGGACUGUAUUAAAGAGGCUUCAGAGUCAGCCGGGACCCCUGAGGAGCCUGUAUGGGCUUGGCCUGUGAAAAGCCAAAUGCAACCCGAGCUGUUUUCCUUUCCAGGUACAGAGUACAGCAUGAUUGUAAACCCAGUUCCAACAAGUACCAGGGCUCCGCCCAACGCUCAGGAAUUCUACACCUGUGUCCAUGGCGUAACCACUAAUGAGUUGGUUCAGCUGGUGCCCUGCAUGCAAGAUUCACUCAAAGCCAGCCCCUAUUUUGAGUUAAAGAAUAAGCCAGAAGAGGACUCAAACAAGCUCAGCCAAUUAGCAUCCUAUUUGGAGAAACAGGUGGAGGUUCAAGCCAAUGAAAUUUGGUUCUGCCCAGGAGAGGAGGGGCAGAAUGAGUAUGUUGUGCCUUUAUUACCGCAACCAACAAACACAUGCUAGCUAUGGUGUAAAUAAAAAUAUGUGGAUGGCAGUCUAAGAAAAUCCAUCAAAUGGUUGCUGUAAAAGAAUUCUGAAAAAAAAAAAGACAAGAAAACGGGUUUGGACCAAAGUUAAUAACGCCAUUAAUAGUAUAAUAUGUCAUAUUUUAUAACAUAUUAACGUAUUUUCUAACAUAAAUACAUUUUUACAUCGGUCUAGCCUGUGGAGAGAUAUUUAUAUAUUCAAACUAACAUUUACACCAUUUGACACACGAUCUUGUCAGAUACAGAGCAUUUUACAAAGUGAAUUGAAAUUGAUCCAUUCUGAAGCUGGUUCAUGGUUCUUUAAGGACACCGACUAAGAAAACCAUCGUUAUUAAAUGCUGUUGGGAGACAAAAUAGCUAGAAUGUACGUCUUUCUUUUUCCAAGAAGUGCUAAUAUAAGAACCUCUGGAAGAGAAAGGUCUUUAGAUGUCAUUUGUAGACUGCUAGUGAUUCAGCUGUUCUGAUUAUAAGUGGAAGUUUAAUCCACCACCUGGGUACCAGAACAGAGAAGAGCACAGAAGAAUGUCUUUCUUGUACCCGGAGAGAUGGUGGGACAAAUCCAGGUCUGUCCAUACAUCCAUCUGAGAUCAUUUUUAUCAAGAUAUAUCUCAAAAAAGAAAAAAAUUUAUAAGAAUUUGAUGGUUUGCAGGAUUUAUUAGAUUUGUUGAGAUUUUGGUCAGAUUUUGGUUCUUCGAUAGCUUCCUUCCUAUUUGAGGGCAUAUUUAGUGUUCAAAUCAGUAAAUGGAGUAAAAGACUAGUUGUGUACUCCUAUGGGACGUCCCAGUGACACCAGUGGCAUUGCGUUGUACUUCUUAAUGCCUUUUUUUUUUUUUAGCCUUCAGCAUUUUUUCAUGUCUGAUGUUUGAUGGAAGUGUGUAUAGACAUGUUGGCACUCACUAUUUAAUUCAUUACCUAUCUAAAAAUUGGAUUGAUCGAAGCAUGCAGAAAAACACGCAUAAGAUCUUUAAACAUUUUUCGGCAGACUGACUGCAUUUACUGGGUCAUGUAAUAAACUGGCUCUUUUCCCAAUGUAAUUUUUGCAACCUCAAGGCAAGGCUAGAAAAUAACCUAAAUAAAAUAAUUUUUACUUCAGUUUGGCACUGUAAAAGUAGAUAUCAUCAGAAAAGCUUUAUUUUGGUCACCAUUUUCCAGAUUUCAGCUUAGGCAACUUUGGCUUUUUCCAUUCCAAGACGCAAAGUACAAACAUGAGCGUACAUGUUUUGUACAGAACCAGAACACUCGACUGGCUUAAUGUUCACACACCAAACACCAAAUCAUAGGCACACAGACAAGUUUAAUAUGCUUUAAUGAUCAGCAACUCAAGGAUUAUCAGCGGUUGGUUUUUGUGGAUACGCCUUUUCUCUUGCGAACAAGUGUGCCAAGUGGUGAGUGUAAAAAAGAAAAUAACCUAAGAGGACAAAUCAUCCUUUAUCACUGCUCAAUGUCCUGUUCUGGCAAAUCCCUCGGAGGUCCGAUAAUUCAGCUCCAUUUUCACAAAGUUGGAGAAUUUCAGCUGUGAGCUUGCAACAGACCGCCUUUAGAGUGGCAGUUGCCUUUAGAGUGGCAGUCGUUGGCUUGUCCCUGAUAAUUAGGGCUGCACCGUGUAACUGACAAUCCGAGGAGGUCGACUCUGAAAGUUCCUCCAUGUUAUUUUUAUAGCCAGUGUGUCAAAAGCAUUAUAAAACUGUGCAGGUCUAUUCUUGAGUGGAAUGUAAUACACUGCUGAAACUUUCAUUGGCAGCAACAUUAUUUGUGUUUUUUCCUUUUUUUUGUGGUAUUCUGUCCUGUGCAUGGGACUGGUCUCAGUUUAUGCAGUUAUUACAAUUUUUAUAAUUUUUUUUUUUUUAAAGACGUGUUACAAUACAUUUUUGAUUUGCUUUUAAGAGGCUCAAGAAACAAAGCAACUGAUUUAACUUUUACACACACAAAGAGCUUGCUCAGGUAAAAAAAAUAAAAUUUAAAGUCAGAAAAAGAUUUCAUUGGACAUCGUAUAUAUAUUUAUGACUGAACGUGCGGAAUAAAUUAAAUAUAUAAAAUUAAUAGGAAUAAUAUACAUUUUAGCCAUAUAGCCAUCUUGGUCUAGAACCUUCUGGAAGUUUCCACCUAAUUAGUGCUGAAUUGGUUUUGAAUCGACUUUUUUUUUUAUUACACCUACAAUUACGUUCCAAAGUAGCAUUUUGUGAUUAUAAGACUAAUUCUAUCUCGCAGCCCCAGUGCCAAAGACUCCCAUUUAACCAGAAUAAACCAGACCAGCAUACAGAGUUCAUUUCCUCAUCUUCAUUAUUUGCUUUAUUGUGUUUAGAGUCGUGGUAGUUCCUGAGCCAAUCCCAGCAACACUGUGCAUAAGAAGGGAAGAUUCACCCCCUACUGGACACCAGUUUAGUAUAACCAAAAGGCCUUCAAGUUUUUGGGUGGUGGGAGGAAACCUGAGAACCCACAAGAAACCCAAAAGAGAGAACAAAAGGAUUUUGUAAAUGCUCACUACCCUAAAGUAAAAUCAUACCCAAUCAUAAUCAUACAAGAUUACUAGAAAUUUGGUGUGUUUUUUUUAUGCGAAAGUCACAAUAUAAAGUCCCCCCGUGCUCCGUGCUACACUCGAAGUGCACGACAACAUGGUUUCAAUUUGGGUUUUAAUGAUAGAAAUCACAAAUUGUUGGGACUCAUUGCUAUCGUUGAGAUCAUUAGCGUUGUUUUUGUUGAUCUUGUUGUUAAUCUUUUUUAACAAACGUUUUGAAUAGAUUUCCUGUAAAUGUAAACGGGCAAGUGAAUUUUCUUAGGCUUUGAAAUGAGCACAGUUGUGUUUUUUCAACAACAAAAAAAAAAAAGCACCGAAGGGGCUAGCGUGCUGAGAGAGUCGCGAUGCGCACGGCAUGGAGUGAUUAUAUAUAAUAAGAAUUAAAUGAGGGGAUUAUAAAUGGGCAUUCUUGUAUUUUCAUGACUAAAAGCUUUAGGAUUAGCCGAUAUCUAUCCAUCUGAUACUGUUUUCUUUCAAAUGACAAUUCAUUUCACAGUCAAUGUAAAAAAUGUGAUAAAACAAAUAUAAUAAAUAUUUACACGAUCCUAACAAAAGAAAAAAAUAAAAAAAAAUAUUUACAUAUACAUUACCAGUCAAAAGUCACCUUCUCCUUCAGCAUUUCUUAUUAUUUUCAAACUAUGAAAGAACACAUAUGGAAUUAUUUAGUAACGUGUUAAAAAAACCCAGAAUAUUUUUUGGUUUUAGAUUCACAGUAGUGACACUUUGGAAGCACAACAAGCAGAAGUGAUUUGUUGCGGAGCAAGAAACACAAGGACCUUAGACCAGUGGAAAACUAUCCUUCGGUCUGGUGAAUCCAAAUAAGAAAUGUUUGGUUCUAACCACCACGUCUUUGUUAGAUUUACAGAGGGUGAACCAACUGUUCCUGAAUGUGUGAUUCCAACUAUGAAGCAUGAAGGAGGAGGUGUGAUGGUGUUGGGGUGCUUUGCUGCUGACACUGUUGUUGAUUUAGUCAAAAUCGGGUCACAUUUCACCAGCAUGGCAACCACAACGUUUUGCAGAGAGACUGGUUUGAUCCUGUCUGGUUUGCACUUAGUAGGACCAUCAUUUGUUUUCUAACUUGACAAUACCACCAAAUUUACCUGUAGGUUAUGUAAAAGCUAUUUCUUCAAGAAGCAGAGUUAAGUGCUGCAUCAGAUGACCUGGCCUCCACAAUCACUUGAUCUAAAUCCAGUUGAGAUCGUUUAGGAUGAGUUGGAUUAAAGAGUGAAGAAAAAGCAGCCAACCAGCACUCAACAGCUCUGAGAACUUCUUCUUGUUAGAAAACAAUUUCAGGUCACUACCACAUGAGUUUGACUGAGAGAAUAAUAAGACAUAAGGCACAUUUUGGGAUAUUUAACAGGUUUUUGUUUACUACAUAAUUCCAAUCGUGUUCUUUCAUAGUUUGGAUGUCUUCAGAAUGUAUAAUGUUAAAAAUAAUAGAAAUAAAGAAAAAAACGCAGAAAGAGAAGACUGAUACCAUAUAGAUAUAUAUUUCCAAUCAGUCUUUUACUUAGUUGCAUGAUCUUGUCUUUUUUUUUCAUGGUUAUGGCCUUAAUAAUUAAUAUCAGCUCAGUGCCAUCUCUAAUGGAAACCAAAAGAUAUAUACAUAUAUAUAUAUAUUAUGACCUCAACCAAUAAAACAUAAAGAAACCUGAACAGAAAUGUCUUCACAUGGACCCAUUACCUUCGAAUAAAUCCCUGAAACAUCUGUGCAUCUAUUUGUACCUUAUAAUCCUAAUUCAUUUUACCCAGAGCAUUAUAUUUGAAUAGGGUUAUAUCGAUUUCUGUAUGAGAUCCAAGCUAUGCAGUAAAUCUUCUAAACCAGCUCAGAUAACAAUUGUCCUAAUAAUGAUCGUCCUCGUCCUUUUUCUUUUUCUUUUUUUUUAAAAGUCAGUAGGCUUAUAUUAGGUUGCCAUGCACAAAUCUUUUCUGUGGGCUGCUAAAUUAUACAGAGCACUGUGCGAUCAAUGCCAGCGAUCUUUGCUGCUUUAUCUGUUACUUUUCCUGUUUUAACCGUGAUAAUUCUAUAUUCUUACUGAUAAUUAAUUGUACACUUCACUUCACUUUCAUUUAUAUUGGUAUUGUGCCGAUUGGACAUCACCACAGAGCUGUGUGGUGUGUGGUGUGUUUGCCGAAUUUCAUUUUUCGUCCUUCUUUCAUGAGUACUUUCUGCAUUUUAUCUCAUUGUUGUACCAGUCCACACUUGUGUUGUGACGUCUUGUGACUCUUCGUGCUGCUUGGACAUGUCUGUGCCUUUAUUGUUACACACAAAUACAAAAAACAAGAUGAGUAACUAGACGACAUGGACACAUCGUGAAUAUGUGAACUGCGCGUAUAUAUUUGGCUUCUACUGUACAUUUGAUGGAUGCAUAUAUUUUUUUCAAAAUGUGCUUUAAAAUGAGAUGAAACCUAUUUUUUUGUUUUUGAAUCCCAGGUAAAGAAUUAAAAAAAAAAA